UUCCAGUUAAUUACUAAUUAGUAGAUCAGUGAUUGAUAUUACACGUCAAGUUGGUACGUAAAUACAAACAUCUUUUAGGUGCGAAGUUCAACAUAAGCCUACUAGGUUUUUUCGUGACCUAAAAUAAUUAAAAAGUGUUUCUUCAUACAACUACAUAACCUAACUUGAAAAACAAUCUACUCAAUCUUUAAACUAGUUGGCUUAAAAAAUGUUUUCUACUAAACAAGUGUAUUCAUGGGAAAAAACAUAUCAGUUGAUAAAAAUUAAACAUGAUGAAGCAUUUAGGGCUAUAGAUCAAGCUAUUAGUCUAGAGGAACAAGAGAAACAAAGUGAGGCUAUCGAAAAAUACAAAGAAGGUAUUAGAUUGAUAGACGAAGCCUUGAGUAUACAAGUCCAAUGUCCAGAAAACCCGGAUAUCACAUGGGAAAAAGCACGCGUAAUGAUUCAAAAAAUUAAAAAGACGAGAGCCGAAGUGAUAACGCGUAUUAAUUGCAUUCAGGGUCCGUCCAGUGCUCAUACGAGUAUUUUAGGUGAAGAUCCGCCAUCGUACGAAGAAGCUAUGUCUUCUACGGACGACGAAGGACCAGUAACACCAGUAACAUACAAAGAUUUAGCUACGGCACUAAGAGAUUUGAGCGUUGAUCCGAAUCAACACAUGCACGAAGAAGUUGUUUAUACUCAUGAUAACGUUAGAGUUUAUUUUAUUUCUCCUAAUGGGGAAGUGGUUUCGACUCUACAGCCGGAGGUUUUGACAAUAUCACUAGUGAGAGGUACUGAACCAAAUGCACCUGCAGCGAUUCUUCAAGUAGGCACAUGGGUGUACCCAUUGGUUCCUGGUGUAUCUCCUUGUUAUAGAACCGACUAUGGAGCAUUUGUACUUCCGGAUCUAAACGCCGAUGUUCCUGGUUCUUCAGUUGGGAUUAUUUUACCGUCUGAUGCCGAUCAGGAGGUGUUUGACCUCUUGGAAAGCAUUCUUCACGGUAUUAUAGGUUCCACACCAACAGCAGAAGAUAUUAGGAGCUGGAGAGAAAGGAGAGCAACCGGACAAGCGGAAGAUUAUAGUACAUAUAUUUCUAAUAAAAUUGUUGAUGGAGCCCAUUUGCUCUCUCGAGGUAUUGUUCGGGGCGCAGAAAAGGCUGGCGAUUUCUUUAACAGAACCACCCCAACAAUUAUUAAUAAAGUACAACCAGCAGCAGAACCUGCCAAUGUUCCCCCUACUUUAGCUAAGACGAUACAUGUAGCAGAAUCAGCUACAAAUAAGGCAGCUAGAGUUACUGGAUUUAUAGCCGAAAGAGUUGGAGUUGCCACCGUCCGCUUGGGUCAAUACCUGGCUCCUCACAUCCAAAGAGGUGGAACUAAAUUAUUAGUUAAAGGUUUCAAGAUGCCAGAACGAGAAGCUUCAAAUAAGAUGCAAGGAGUUCUGACAGUUGCAGCUGGGGCAGUCGAAGGCUUUAGCACUGUCUACAGAGGGCUCGAAACGUCUGCAGGAGUUCUAGGAAAUAGCCUUAAAGAAAACACAGUUAAGAUUGUAGAACACAAAUAUGGAUACCCUGCAAGUACCCUAACAGGCGAUACCUUAUCAACAGUUGGUAACGUUUAUAAUAUCGCUUACAACACCAGAAUUAUAACUCCCAAAAGUCUAGCAAAACGAACUGGGGCCGGUAUAAUCCAUGGUUAUUCAAGUUCUUCGAGAGCUAGUACCUCUUUCGCUAACACAGAGAUCGGUGUCGAUACAAGAGUGAAAAGAGAAACUGAUAAUGAAAUUGAAGAAAAAAUCACUGAAGAGAAUAAUGGGCAGAAUCAAACAAAAAAAGGCUAGGUAUUUUGUUAAGAUAAUGGGAAGCAGGGACAAUAACUUGAAAUCUACAGAUAUAUGUGAUAACCAUAUUCGUUAAAGAGCGUAGGAGCAAAAUUUCGGCCAAUUUUUAAAUUGCAUUCAUUUUUUUCGAAUCCUGAAAAAAAAUAUUUUUGAAAAAUUUAAACGCAGAAUUAAACAUGACGUUAUUACCGAGGGCCGAAAAUCCCUUAGAAUAAACACAAAGUUUCUUUUGAAUGAGAUAUUUGAAAUCAAAAAGCACACUCAAUUUUCUCUUCUUUUUCACCCUUAUAACGUAUUAAAAUAAACGUUACAGAAGUUUUCAGGGACUUUCGGCCCUCGGUAAUAAUGUUAUCUUUCAUUCUACGAUUAAAUUUUUCAAAAAUACUUAUUAGCUUUUUCAGGAUUCGGAAAAAAUGAAUGCAUUUAAAAAGCAUUACCCGAAAUAUUGCGCCUACGUUCUUAAUUUAUGUAAAACUUAUUUUAUUAUAUGUUGUAUAUUGUGCGUUAUCAUUUAAAAUGCUUAUAUCAUAUUUUUAUAAAAAAAUUUAACUUUGUUGGCAACAUUAUACAAUGUAUAUGAAAUUAUUUCAAACAUAUUAUGAUUCUGUGAAUAUGUUAUGGAAGUUUUCAGAAAACAGCGAUAAGAUAAUUUUUUUUUACCGUAUUAUUUUGAUAGCAUUACAACUAACAAGCAGUAGUGUUUCUCUGUGAUCUUGAUUAUUCCAAAGUAUGUUUUUUCCGCCAGUAGGCAAAAUGUCCUAAAAAGGUUAUUGUUUGGUUAAUAAUAGAGGUGAGUUCUAAAAUCUUAUUGAGAUAGAAAGGAUCAAAGAAAUUGGGUUAAUAAUGCCGAAUAUGGAGUCAUUUACGAUUGUUGACAGACAUUCCAUGUUGUGGUCUAGGUUUCCGAAUUAUUUAGUUAAUUUUUUCGUGGAACCUCUCACUAUUAUUUCUUAGCAAAUAUAUUAUUCUUUAUUAUAAUUACUUACAUACGUGUUAUGAUAUUUUUGCUGGUCACCUGGCCUACUUACAAGAAAUACUUGACAAAUAUCUCACUUUUAUUUUUUAACGUAAAAGAUCUGAAAGAAAGUACAAAAUCUGAAGUAAUGCCUUGGUGACAAAUAUGCAGAAACACUAUCAGAGCUAGUAUGCUCUAGCUGAGGUUAAAUCUAAUAGGAAAGUUACACAUUACAAACAAUUUCUACCAAACUAAUUGGCAAGCGUUUGUGCGAUAACAGAUUUAACGUAAACAUGCCAUUUUCCAGUACAGACAUUUUUUUCAUAAUUUUAAUAAAAAAUUGUAUGAAGGAUAUGAUGUGAGUAUGAGUAAUACGAAUACCACAUGAGCACAUACAGAAUGCGAGGAUGAUAAUGGCAAUUAAACACGAGUAGUAUACAUGAUAAUAUGUUUUACGAUCAUUCACAACAAAAAUAAAACCAAUUUACUUUGUAACAGUUUGUUUAAAUAUUGUGAACUGUCGAAGCGUAUGUUUUUACCAUGGCAUUACUCAUUGCGCAUGGGCCACCUUCGGUACAGAAUGUCAUCUCCUGAUUCUAUUGGUUAAAAAUUUGUAUCAUAGUGAAAACCUGUAUCAUAGUGAAGCCCAUUAUGACAAAACAGUAACUAAUUCGGAAUUGCAUAAUAUAUCUCGUGUCUUAGAUCUGGUCUUUAUUUUUGAUUGAAAUACUCCUAUGCACUCGUUAGAUAUCAAGUAUGUCAUAAGUUAGGUAUCAUUGAAGUUAAUUUCCAAAUGUAACUUUUGAUACACUUGAGUCCAGGGUUCUUUACCCAUGCGUCAUUAAUACCUGGCGAGAUAAAACACAUACUUUUUAUCUAGCAUCAUUCUCUUCCACGCAUGAAACUAAAGACAAACCAGCUACCGCCUGUUAUUAAGUAAAAACAUAUGUUUUCAUUUUAUGAACGCUCUAGACUCGGUACAUCGGAAAGAUGUGGGACAAAAAAGACGUUUGGGCAUGUUUUCAGAUUUUAAGUACAAGUUGUGACGUUUCUGGUUUGUUUAAUUUUGUGGCUGUCAGUCUGUUGAAUUUUUUGCUGUUUUUUUGUCGAAUUUUGAAGUUUUUUUUUUAUAUUACACAAACAGUUGUUUUCACAACUAAUUUUAUAUUGGAGUUUGAAAUUUUGUGGUAAGUGUAUUUAUUAUUAUUAAUUUUUACAACAUACAAAGCUAACCUCAUUCACACAAUUAAGGAAUGGCUGUGUUUACGCCAAAGUGAAUAAAAUUACAAACUGAAAAUAUGUUAUUGAAUUUUUUUAUAUUUAUUUAUUUAUCACUAACAGGGGCGUGCGGUGAAAUUUGAAACAGGGGAAGCAAUUUGUAAAAAAAAUGUAAAAACACCUAUUUAUAAUGUAAUUCAAUUCUUCUACCAUUUUUGGAAAACUCGUCUAUAACUUCCGUGUACAAAGGUGGAUAUUGUGACAUUUCUUUAAUCAGAUUAUAUUUAAUUGAAAAAAAAAACAAGUAAAAUCCUUUAUAAAAGGAUAUAGUAGGGAGUAUAGUAAGGUAGGGAGUAUACUACUAAGUAUACUCCCUACGGAGAAAAAGUACGACUUUUCUCCCUACAAUCAGGUCAGGAAAUGUAUACUUUCGAUAGAGGUAGGUGGAAAAAACAGCAACUCAUUGGCAAUAUUUUUUGUGUCAGUGCUCAUUGUGCUCAAUAUCCACAGUCUCAUAUAAAGCUGUUAGUUCCGAACGUAAUGAAAUCAAGUCAAAAUAUUGCCCAUAAAGACGCAUCAAAAAUUUUGUUUAUUUUUCAGGAAAAUGUGUUUUUUUAAUGUAUUAAAAUUGCACAGCUGAAGAUAGUCUCGAUCAUCAAAAUUAUUAAAACCUAUUUUCCAUUCGUUGGCAUAUUUGAUCUAAAAUCUGAUAGUAUAGUCGGCGGUAGCACGAUUUGACAUUUCCAACAUUAUCAGUGCGUACGCGUUUCCUUUUAGGCUCAAAACCUCUUGCCAUCAUAUUAUUCGAGCAUUUUUCAAAGUCAGCUCUGUCUUUUUGUUAAUAACAUCUUUAAAUUCGCUAAUUUUUUACACAGAAACCAAUCUCGCUUAUCUUGCAUUGCAAUACAUUAAAUAAAUUAUCUGAGAAUAGAAAUAUUUCUGAAAAAAGCAAAGUUAAAAAUUAAAAUUCAAAUAAUUUAUUAAACUACCUAUCCAAAAAUCCUCUCGUGCUAUUUAUGGUUUCUGUAUUCCACUUUUCACAUUUUCACCAUUUUCCAAAACACUAAUACAUAUUUAUAAUAUAUUUAUAUAAAUAAUAUUUAGUAUUUAUAAUAUAAAUAAUUCUAUAUAUUUAUUUAUAUAAAUAAUUCAAUAAAAUCCAUCUUCAUAAUUCCACAAAAUCAGUCGACGAAGCCCAUCAUUGUCAAGUGCUGGUAAAUCCUAUUUCAAUUCAAAUCAUCUUCGUAUGCAAUUGACAAAACUGCUUAAAAGCUAAAGAUAUGCCCGAAAUUUGAACUCGCCGGUCAGCGUGUAACCCCGAUGAUUUUUACAUAGGCCUGAAGAGAAGCAACUUUAAAAUCAGAUUAUUAUGCCGACAUAACUCGAAUACCACCGUAGAAAUACGAUUAUGGUCCGAGUACGGAAGGAUGCAGCAUCCAACGCUGCUUACGUGUUUACCAGUAUUUCGUCGCUUUGAUAUUUACUGUAUGACAAAAAUAGAGUACGUGUGUAUUUUCUUAUUAGGUACUUGCUGCUUGUACUACAUAAUUAAAUAUUCUCGUAUACAACUUAAAAUCCUGCUUAUGUGUUUGUUCAUUUUUUUUUAAAUAAUCUCAGUUACACAAUUGGUACGACAUUACUACGGAAACCAAGGGAAGCAAUGCUUCACUUGCUUCCAUGGACCGCACGCCCCUUAUCACUAAUGGUAUUAAAAUAAUUUAUUAAGCCACUUCAAAUGUAGCUGUGAUUCUACACCAACAUUUAAAAGCAAAACUUACAUUUGUUGACAUUCUAUUUAUUUGAUAACGUCAACUUUUAUAAUAUGUAUAACCCGUGAUCGGAGCAGUAGCAACUUUCUGUCACUUGCUGUUGCGUGGAAUAGAUUUCCAACUUAUUUCGUAUGCUUUAAAUGAUGACGCACGGGUAAAGAACCUUGGACUCAACCACUGGUUAUUUAUUCUGUGACUCAACUGUAUAUGAUAUUUGAAGUAAUUUUAGCAUUAAGGCGGAUACUCACUACGCGCCAUUUGUCAAGUACUUGUCAAAUGUCAAAUGACAUGAAAGUCAGCCGGGCUAUUUGUACUUGCCAAACAGUAGUGCAGCAUUUACUUGACAGUUAUCUCGUAGUGGAUAAAAUAUACUUGAACAUAUUCAUAUGCUUAAUUAAAUACAAGUACUUGCCAAGUACCGACUUUAGUUUCUCAUAAGUUAUCUGAAAUUAGAAUAACAUUGCCAACGAAGCAUGUUAAUGUUUAUUUUGAUGUUAACUCGUAAAUGUCUUCAACGCAUUUACUGGGAUAGCUGUGACGAGUUGUAGUGACAUCUUGUCGUCUUGCCUGACAUCUAUUCCGAUAUUUUAUUUUCUACUCUCUGUGGGCAAUCUUAUAGACGUGGUGCAGUUUUGUACAUAUUGUAAACGUUUGGGAAGAUCUGUGGUCGAUUUUGAAGUUAUUUUAUGCUUUCAGAAUUCGUCUCCUUAAAACUACGAAAAUUAGUACUAAUAGCCCAUUUGUUUCAGAGUUUUCUCAAUUACGACUUUCAAACCUUGUAAAUCGUUGUUUAUUCUCCACAGUGUAACGAAUCCAGACAAUGCUCGUGGUUAGUAGAACACUUUUUUCGAGUCUUAAUCUAAUAACUAUACAAUGUAAUGCAACUGCCUAUACAAUACAGUGAUGAGUGCGCUAAUAACCGACAAAAUAACGUAAAAGACGGAAAACAUAAUACGUUGUGAAAUAAUAGGAGAUGAAGCUAGUAGAGGUGCGAAAUUAUCAAUAGAAACCUAUAAAUUUACAUUAUAUUCAUGCCUAUUCUGUAACUCAUUUCGAUGAUAGAAGUCAGUAAAAUCGAAUAGAAGUUGCCAAGUCGAAUAGAAAUAGUCCAAAUCGGUAUUCCAUAACUACUUCGGAAUCUCUACAAUCGUAAUAGUGAGUUAGUGAGUAGAAAUCACUUCGACAGCAUUUACCCUGUCGAGAUGAGAUUUCGAUUAUCGGAAUUGUGCUUGACGCAAGCGCAUUUUGUUUUGUUUUGACGUUUAUAUUUUUUAUAUCUACUAAAAAUAGUUGAUUACUACUUAUUUAUAAUUAUUUAUAGUAUUUGUACCUUUUUAACUGCUUAAUUUUUAGUCUGUGGUGUUAUUUGUAUAGAGAAUUAUAUAUUUAAUUUAGACAUGUACGAGUAUGAAUUGAACCUAACCUUAUUAAUUUGCUAUUUGGCUUGGCAUCUGAAAUCUGAAUGUUUGCCAGCCACAGUGUUGCCAUAAUUUUUUCGCUUAUUCCUUAUACAAUUUCAAUCAAUGGUAUAAUGUACAACAAUAGCAUACGCAUACGAUAGACUUCUUAUGCGUUGAUUGAUAAAUAUAUUAUACCAGUAUAAUACUUGUAUAAUUUAUCAAUCAACGCUCAUAGUCUGAACAAAUUAUAGAAAAGAAGCAAUUUUGGGGAAAAGUUGUUUAGCAGUUAUUUCGGCUGGAAUCAAAUCUUAAAGAUUGCAUAUUAUUAGUAAUACAUAUCGAUUUUAAAUAAUUUAUUAAUAAUAAUUAAUAACAUCACUUUAAAUUAUCUUUAAUUUAAAAGCAUUUAUACGUCUUAUCUUCAUUUAGCUUUUUUUUAUAUUAUAUCGAUUUAUCUUCUUUUUUAUAACAAUCUUAAUUAACUUUGAUUUAAAACCAUUUAUCCUCAUUUGAGCUUUUUGUAUCCAGUAUUUAUAUUAAUAUUUUAUUAUUUUUAAAUGUAACUUUAUGUAAUGUGAUAGCAUGAAAAAAUUGAGCAUAUGGCAACGGUGUCAUAUCUCAAAGUUUAGAUCCAGCAACAAGCAAUUCACGGAACACUCAUUUCGCUUGUCAAUGCGGGGUUGCCACCACCUCCUGACCGUGUGUAAUAGAGGUUACCGAUUUCGAUUACGAUGUGAGUUACAGAAUGCCAAUCCAAACACAAAAAUGACGCGAUAGAUAUCAAACAUUCCGAUUUCGGGUAAUUCGACUUGGUAAUUUCUAUUCGAUUUGUUAAAAGUUACAGAAUAGGGCUGAUUGAUAGUUUCCCACCUUUAGACAUAUCGGAGGAGAUUUACAACUACCACUGUGACAGUGACAGUUUUAGUUGACAUACUUCUCCGUUACGUGUAAAGGUGGGAAACUAUCAAUAUAAUGCAAAUUAUUUAUAGGUUUCUAUUGAUAGUUUCCCACCUCUACUAGUUUCAUCUCUUUUUGUUUCACCACGUAUCAUAUUUUUCAUCUUUUGCGUUAUUUUGCCGGUUCUUAGUGCACUCAUCACUGUAUAAUAAUUAUUCCACUUGGAGGAUAUUCGUAUAUAUGUUUUGUAUUUGUCUUUUUUAUUACAAGAAUGCUCAUAUAUUUAUAUUUUAUAUCUUUUGAACCACUCCAUAAACUAAAUAUUUUACUUACCAGUAUUUUUAUAGACUUUUUACUUUCCAUUAGACACGGCUGCUUAAUUCUCUUUUUGUAUUAUUUGUACGAUUUUUUUAUUCAAACUGUUAUUGUAUUUUAAGGACUAUGUUAAUCUCUAUAUUAUUAUUAGUUUUUUUAUAGAAUUUUCCAAAAAUCAUAGCCUUAUCCGACUAACGCAUACAAAAAGUUGUAAUGAAUGUGAUAUGAAGUACAUUCAUUCGGUAGAUUUUUUAUUUCUAUUUAUUGAUUUGGUUUGUUAAGUGAUUUUUGGAAUAUUUUUUUGUUGUGUGUUAAAUAUUUACAGAUAUAUAAAGUGGUAGUUUUACAUUAUUCUUGUAUAUUGAUAUUUUUUGUAAUGUGAUAUUUGUUACCAUUUUGAAGGGUUAAUAAAUAAUGAAUUUUC